GUUUUUGAGGUGGUCGGUCAAGAGAACAACUAUGGAACCCUAUUAUAUAAUAAAGAUAAGAACCAAGAACCACAACAACACUUUCAUUUCGCAAAAUGGAUACGAAAAGGGAGAUCUCGCAAUCCCGCAAGAACCAGCAACAAGAAGCCGACUAUGAUAUUUCGAACUCAUGGAUCUGCAACAACGCGUCUUGUAGAGUUAUCGUGCCUUUAGAUGAUUCUUAUUGCAAGAGGUGUUCUUGUUGCAUGUGCCAUGCUUUCGAUAAGAACAAAGACCCAACCCUUUGGUUGAUUUGUGAGUCCGGGAAACCAAACGACGUCGAGUUCUGUGGCUUGUCGUGCCAUGUCGAGUGUGCGCUUCGAAAAGACAUGGUCUGGGUUAAUGCUAGUGGGAACCUGAUGAAGGUUGAUGGAUAUUUCUGUUGCUACUCUUGCGGCAAAGUUUCUGACAUUCUUGGGUGUUGGAAGAAGCAGCUUGUGGCAGCAAAGGAUGCACGAAGGAUAGAUGUUCUAUCUUACAGGAUAGAGUUGAGCUACCGGCUUCUCAAUGGGACUAGUCGUUUUUCUGAGCUACAUGAGAUUGUUAAAGAUGCUAAGUUUAAGCUGGAAGCUGAAGUUGGUCCUCUUGACGGGCCUUCUGCGAGAACUAACCGUGGCAUUGUUAGUCGGCUUCCAUUUGCAAUGCAGGUGCAAGAACUCAGCAGUUUUGCUAUCAGAAGGGCAGAGUAUUGGUCAACCAAUGUAGCCAGAGGUUUCAAUUUUGAGACAUCUUUGUUAUAUGUUGUCUGA